UGUGUGCACACAUGUGCCACGUAUUCACCAGAGACCUGAGCAGUCCAGGAAUCCCCCCUUUCAUCAGUUUUUCAGACAGAAAAGAGAGCUGGACUCCUGAUCUGGGCCGAGUCAUGUCUGGAUUGAACGCGUCCCUCGGAUACUUCCUGGCCGUCGUGAUUUUUGCAACUUUGGUGCGAACGCUUCUCAGAAAAUGGCCACGACUCCAUUUCAUGUCAGAAUUUGCCUCUUCUUUCAUGCUGGUGGCCUGUUGGCUGGAGGUUCAGACCAUAGUGGAGGUGGGCGAGUGGGCCGGGGGUUUGGGUCCUGAUGUGACUGCAACCAUGCUGUUUGUGGUGCUGCUGACUCAUGGGGUGAUCAGUGGUGGAGCGUCGGGGAAUCCUAGCUUGGCUGUGCAGAAGUUCCUGCUGCUGGAAGACACCACCCUGUCCGCUCUGCUGACGGCCGCAGCCCAGUUUCUCGGGGCUCACGCGGGUCUCCUCGCAGCAGGGUUUUACUGGAGGCUGGAGCUGACUGACAUGCACAUGAUCAAAAACCUGAUGUCCAGUGAGUGCAGCACUUCCCUGCAGGUCACGGUGCUGCAGGGCUUUUCCACAGAGUGCAUGUGUGCCAUCAUCUUUCAUCUCCUCUGCCUGAGCCUGAAGCGCAGAUCUGCUGUCAUUCGUGUUCCCCUGGUCGCUCUCCUCCAAACAUUGUUUUCUCAUUCUGCCCGACGCUACACUUCAGCGUACAUGAAUCCGUCUUUGGCGUACGGACUCACCUUCCACUGUCCUGGAUUCACCUUUACGGAGUAUGCAGUGGUCUACUGGCUGAGCUCUUUGACAGGCAUGACUCUGGCUCUUCUCUUCUACAUGGGCCACAUUCCCAGGAUCUUUGCCAAAAACCUCCUGUAUUCCCAGAAGACACGCUUCAGAGUGCCCAAAGGAGACAAAGCGGGGAAGAAAAAAAUGUGAAUGAUGGACACAGUCAAUGGUUCCAAUGCAUUUAUUUUAGACGCGUUUAAAAAAAAAAAAAAAAAA